CGCCCUUGUUUUUCUAACUACGCCCUUAACCUUUGUCAAAUUCAGGGAGCUCCAUGCGCCUAUAGACAGUGCCUUCUCUCUCAAGUUUCUGUUUAUUCGAUCUUUUCAUUCAUGAAAAGCAUUUACUUCUGUCGAAUUCUCAUCACUUGUCGACAAUCCGAACCAGAAGGCUGCUGAGCAGUUUCUCUGCACCCCACGCCUUCCCCCUAAAAACCCCUCCUCCAACAUGUCCGAGAACCCCAAGGAAAUUGUCCGCCAAACCUACAACCAAAUCGCCCAAUGGUAUCUCGAGUGGGUACAAGGGCAAUCCUCCCCUCGCGAACGCUACACCAACAAAGUCCUGGACAAUGCACCCUCAUCCCCGCACAUCCUCGAGCUCGGCUGCGGCGCCGGCAUCCCCAUCACGCGAAUGCUGCUAGAUCGGGGCGCAAAGGUGACCGCAAACGAUAUCUCGGAGCGGCAGAUCGAAAUGGCGAAGGAGCGAUGUCCCGAAGCGACCUUCAUCCCGGGGGACAUGCUCGCCUUAUCCUUCCCGCCCGAAACCUUCGACGGCGUCGUCAGCUACUUCGCCGUCUUCCAUCUCCCGCGCGUUGAGCAGAAAGCCAUGUUGACUAAACUCUACUCGUGGCUCAAACCCGGUGGCGCGUUUGCCUUUAAUCUAGCGACCAUGGACGAGGAGGAGAUCCACGGGGAGUUUCUGGGGCAUGGCAUGUUUUGGAGCAGUUAUGAUGUCGAGGGGAGUGGGGAGAUGGUGAGGGCGGCUGGGUUUGAGGAGGUGGAGAUGGAGGUGCUGGAGGCCGGGGAUGGGGAGUUGGAGGAGGGGGAUCCGGAUUUUGGGGUCAAGUUUCUGUGGGUGUUGGCGAGGAAGGAGGGAGGGGAGGGUAGAGAGGGGGAGAAGCCGGGGAAGGCGGAUUGAAGUGUCUGAGUUUGCUGCACACACGCAGAUAUGGCAACAAAUGACCCUAGUGACGGUUGACGCCAAUAUACCUGAAAGAGGCCUUAGUAUUUGGAAUUAUGGAUUUCGCACAUUUUGCUCCGUAGCAGUCUGCCUGUUGCUAAAGAAGCAGCCAACUGCCACUGGGGCGUGGUCGGCUCCCUAAUAUGCUUAGCUAAUCGAGAGGUUGGCUAGAA